AUGUUUCAGCAGCCUCAAGGUUUUGUACCAAGUCAACCACAAGCCCCAAAUCCAGCCGUUGAUGCAUGGUUUCAAGCUGUAGAUAGAGACCAUUCAGGUGAAAUCAACUGGCAAGAAUUGCAAUCAGCUUUAGUCAAUGCACAAGGAGAAAAUUUUUCACCACUAUCCUGUAAAAUGAUGAUUUCAAUGUUCGAUGCAGACCACACUGGAACCAUAAAUUCGCAGGAAUUUCAGCAAUUAUACGCGUACAUAACUCAAUGGUUGGUCGUUUUUAAGAAUUACGAUAGGGAUUCGUCCGGUAGUAUCGAAGAAAAUGAAUUAUCACAAGCUUUUUUGCAAAUGGGUUUUAGAUUCUCAAAUGAGUUUAUUAAAUUUCUAUUAAACAGAAGUGAUUUUAAAUCGCAUAGCAAAAUAUCCGUGGACCAGUUUAUAGUGGUUUGUGUUCAAAUACAGAAGUUUACUGAAGCUUUUAAACUUAGAGACACAGAAUUCAAAGGAAGUAUAACCUUGGGGUUCGAAGAUUUUUUAAGCAUAGCAUUAAAUUGCUCUCCUUAG